AUGGUAUCUCCCAAGGCGUCUGACCCAGUACUGACUGAUGACAAUAAGAAGAGCAGUACUGAGCAAUCCCCACCUGUGUGGGCUUGGCAGUUGAAGAAGGAGCUAGAUUCGUUGACGGAGUCGAUUGCAGGUAUUAAGUCACAGCUUGAGUCCAACGCUGAUCACAAGACCAGACAUGAUGCAAAUGGUACUACUGGUGCUACUGGCGAUGACAGCAAGGAUGGUCCUACUAAUACAGUGCAUGGUAUUGUUGAGGAGGUCAAACAACAGCUCGAUAGCACUAAAUCUGACCGAAGUGCCAAAUCGUCGUUGGUGAUAGAGCCUUUGGUUAUCAUGAAGAUUAGCAAACAAGCUAAGUCUGCUGGUGUUAUAGAGGGAGGCCGAUUCUCUGGUGUGACUGAUAAGAGGGGUUACAUGAUUUUCAAGAAGACUAUUAUGAAUCAGCCAGAGAUCCAAUUUUCUGGCACGGGGGAGCUGUCAAGUGCUUACCAAUACUUCUAUAUCAUCAAUAAUGUAUCUACUCCUCUACAGCAACUGAUCAAGGAAGCUGCUUCAUGUCUAUAA